UUAGACCAAUCUCUGGGACAGCUUGAGACAUGAACAUGUUUCUGUAUGCAGCAUAGCCAUGUUAGAUUCUCGCUACAAGUUUAUCCUGAAAUCUACACAUUUUACAUAAAACCCUUUCUUGGGGUAUGGAGCCACAUGGUAUUCCUCAGCUGAUUUCCCAAUGCACAGCACAUCCACAUAUAGUGCAUAUAGAACCAGUGAUUUGUGGUUAGUUUCUGUUCUGUCCUCUCCAGUCCUCCAUGACGCCGCAGGUUCCAGUGCCCAGACCAUCAUAUUCUCAGGCCAGGGAGAGUCUGGUGAAGGCUAUUCCUUCGAAGAUCAUCUGUCUUAUCACCUGUGGGGGAAAAGACUGUCGAUAUGAAGGUCCAGCGAGCUGGAGCAUAAGCCAACAGGCCAUUAAAGGUGUCUUCUCCAGCUGGGUUACCGAUGACAUUAUUGCAAUGGCACGACCUUCUACAUGUCUCAUUAAGAGAUACUGCAUCAUAGAGCAGUUCAAACAGUUCAACAUUAAAUCCAUCAUUAAUAUGCAGCUCCCAGGGGAACAUGCUCACUGCGGCCCUCCUCUGGACCCUGGCAGUGGGUUCACAUAUUCACCUCAGAUCUUUAUGGAAAGCCAAAUUUACUUCUAUAAUUUUGGGAUGUGUGAUUUUGGAGUGUCGUCUCUGGAGGGGAUGCUGGAUGCCGUGAAGGUUUUGGCCUUCGCUGUGCAGGAAGGAAAGGUGGCUGUUCAUUGCCAUGCUGGACUGGGCAGGACAGGUGUUCUUAUCGCAUGCUAUCUGGUCUACACCUGUCGAAUCAGCGCUAGUGAAGCUGUCCACUAUGUUCGGAUCAGAAGGCCUUGCUCAAUCCAGACUCGAUCACAGAUCAAUCUGGUGUUUGAUUUCGCCCGGCUGGUGGGCUCUCAGUUGGCUCAGUACCCGUGUCUGAAUAUGCGGCACGGUUCCUCCUUCAGUCUCCGGCAGUAUCUCCUGCGUCAGGCCCUUCUGCUGCACGGGGACGAGGCCCGAACCCUCAAACACAUGCCCAAGAUCCUGCACAUCCUCUGCAGCAUGCUGAUCGCUCUCACCCAGGGGGCUCCCAGUCCUCCAGAGGUCCAGAGAGAACUGGAGAAGAGGCUGAACACCUCGGCCCUGAAGAAGACAGUGAAGGUGACACUUCUGAAGAGAAACCUGCCUGCUCUGAAGGAAAGGAGAGGCUCAUGCAGAGCGUACUCCUGUGAGUCCUGGGACAAGCCAUUCGGGUUCCUGGAGAGGAAGAGGGAUGUCCUUCUGAACAAGCGAAGCUACAGCGAGUCAGAUCUCACAAAGAUUACUAUUACUGAGGAUUUUAUGUUCUCACACUACUUUCCUCAAUCUGGUGGACUCCAUAAAUUAAACAAUGGACCGAUCGGCCCAUCACAAGAUCGGAGAAUCCCAACAGAAUCCCAAAAGAGUCUUCAAACCCAGAUGACAGACCAGUGCAAUGGCAGGGACAGGGAAAUGACAGGGAAACACAGCCCCAGUCCACCAUCAGCUCUUCUCCCACAAAAUGAGAAUGUGAACAAGAAGACAAAAUGUACAACCAAGAAACCUCAGGUUUACCUAAAGUUCAGCUCAAACAUCGAGCUAAGGCUGGAGCAUCCUAAAACAGUUCAGCCAUCAUUAUCAAGAGCUGUCGCUAAAGCAAUGGCACAACAGCGCCCCCCACUGGACACUGUGUUGAAAAAAGCAGCGGUUUUGCAGGAUGAGCUCAACUUGAGUGAAUGUGGCUGGGCUACACUUGUCAUGGAAACAGAUCCUGAAGUCCUGAGCACACUGUUAUGGAUCUGGCUGGACAAAUUAAAGGAUCCUGUUCUCAGUAAAGAUGACGUAGAGAGGCUGACCUCAACCCGGCCUGCACAAAACCUGCACAAUAUUUCACUGCAAAAGUAUCAGCGGCACACCAUCUGCUGUCUGCUGGACUGUGUGGGUCAAGUGGCGUUCCGAUGUCCUCAGUUUGAACAUGCUAUACUACAGAGACUCAUUCGAGCUUUAACAAGACGCCCUCCAGAGGACAUGGAGAGACACAACAUCUUGUUACGGGUUCUCAGAGCUACAAUGAAAGAGCAGUACCUUUACAACCUCCACCCAAACACUACAACACCAUCACAGUGUUAGGAGCAGUGCUUCAACUAAUGAAACCAGCAAAGAUAUUUAUAUAAAGAACCAUUGUUUGAA